GGGUGGGGGUGGGGGGUGGUAUUAUAAAGACUGCGUAUGAAGAAAUAGGUGCAAGCAAACAAUGAAAGAAGAUGAAAAUUCCAAGAGAAGCAAGCUGUCAUGGUCAAAGAAACUGGUAAGAAAAUGGUUCAAUUUCAAGUGCAAAAGUGCAGAAUUCCAAGUUGAUGAAGCUGCUGCUUAUGGAGGUGGUUGUAGCACUAAUAUGGAAUGGAGAAGUAGCUUAUCUGAAAGGGAACCUUCUACAAUCAAGAAAAGUAAAACUGAAAAUUCACCGAAAAAUAUGGACCGAUCGUUUUCUCGUUCGCGGUCUCGUUCGAGAAGGGGAAAAGGUUAUCUCGAUCAUCCCCAAAUUUUAAAUAUCCAGAAUUACAGCAUUUUCGUGUCGACAUGGAACGUGGGUGGAAAAUCGCCACAGAGCAAUAUGAACUUGGAUGAUUGGCUACAUUCGGCUCCUCCUGCGGAUAUAUAUGUCCUAGGGUUUCAAGAAAUUGUCCCGUUGAACGCCGGGAAUAUCCUCGGUGCAGAGGACAACGGGCCAGCCAAAAAAUGGCUCUCUCUUAUUAAAAGAACAUUAAACAAUUCACCGGACCCCACAAUCGGAAUCGGUGGGUCCCACACACCUUCCCCUAUUCCCAAUCCAAUCGCCGAGUGGAACUCCGAUUUCGAAGGAUCAAUUAGGCAUCAUCACAAAGACUCCGCCUUUUUCCACCGCCGAUCCUUCCAGACGCCACAUCACCGCUCUAGUAAUACGGAAAACGAGAUGUGGGCCCCGCAGCCUUGCCUCGAGAGGCGGUUCAGCGUGUGCGAUCGCGUAAUUUUCGGACAUAGGCCGAGUGACUUCUCGUCUAGUCAAAGGCCGAGCGAUUGUUCGUCUAGUCAGAGGCCGAGCAAUUAUUCUUCGGGUCAAAGGGUGAGUGACUAUUCUUUGGGGGGUCAAAGGGCUAGUGAUUUCUCAAGAUGGGGUUUCGACGAGGAUUGCAUUCUUCCGGAAGAUUCUCCUAGUACGGUACUGCAUACUUCCGAAGGCGCGUAUGAAGUUUCCGGAAGUUCGAGCUACUCUUUAGUGGCGAGUAAGCAAAUGGUGGGGGUAUUUCUGACCGUUUGGGUUCGGAGCGAGUUGAAGGAACAUGUUCGUAAUAUAAAGGUUUCGUGCGUUGGUCGAGGUUUGAUGGGGUACCUCGGUAAUAAGGGAUCAAUAUCGAUCAGCAUGUUGUUGCAUCAGACCAGCCUUUGUUUUGUCUGCAGUCAUUUGACUUCUGGUCAAAAGGAAGGCGACGAACUACGUAGAAAUGCCGAUUUUAUGGAGAUAAUUAGGAAAACGAGGUUUCCACGAGUUAACGGGGCCCACGAUGAAAAAUCCCCCGAGACAAUCCUUGAACAUGAUCGAAUAAUUUGGCUCGGAGAUUUGAACUACCGAAUAGCUCUGCCGUACCGAUCCGCCAAAGCACUCAUCGAAAUGCAAAACUGGAGACAAUUACUAGAAAAAGAUCAACUAAGGAUCGAGCAGAGACGAGAUCGAGUUUUCAGUGGGUGGAAAGAAGGGAAAAUCUAUUUCCCACCUACGUAUAAAUAUUCGCAUAAUUCAGACAGAUAUUCAGGCGGCGACAUGCACCCAAAGGAGAAACGAAGAACCCCUGCAUGGUGCGAUCGAAUAUUAUGGUACGGAAAUGGGCUGCAGCAAUUAUCGUAUGCUCGAGGGGAAUCUAGGUUUUCGGAUCACAGACCGGUUUCUAGUGUUUUUUGGGCUGAAAUCGAAUUUGCUCCGAAUCGAUUGAAAAAAAGCACGAGUUGUUCAAGCUCUAGAGUAGAGGCGGAAGAGCUUUUACCCUACUCGCAUGGCUAUACGGAACUUUGCUUCUUUUGACCAAAAACGAAAAGAAGGUAUAACUAACUAACUUUUUCUCUAAUGAAUAAUUUAUAUAUGCUAAUUGUUACUUAGCUAACCUCUCGUAUAUAACCUUUGUUCGAAUUUGCAGGUGGCAAAUUGCUUUCGAGGAUUAAUCUAACAUUUAAUUUGUAAACUAAGGUAAAUUGUAGCUACGAACAUACCGAAACUGUGCACAUCUAUAUCCGAAAAAUAUCCACGAAUGAUACGUACGUAUAAAAAUAUACGUUCAACAAUUGUACGUUAAAAAAAAAGAAGUUAAUCCUGCUUACGUUUUAAUGUUUUUUAAUCCGUCACACAUUGCAUGUUCACCAUAGAUUGUUAAUUUCACCAAUAUUCGGGAAAUCGAAUGAUCUGUAGAUCAGAAUGUCAUACCCAUUGACAUGGUAUGAAAUUACGUUGUCUCCCGUAGGAUCGGGCAUCCCAAACGGAUCCCGAUUCACGGCGACAUUCCAAUUUCCACCGAUCUCGUGGAACAUGACAGUAAGAUAGCCUUCGAUCUGUGCUGCGGCGUUAGGUCCGACAAAUUGUUGGCUUGCCUGAAUUAUAUGCAAAAAAUAAAAUAAAAAUAAAAAUAUAAAUACAUUUGAAAUAUGUACGUGACGGGUGUAAUAAUAAUAAAAAGUUCAAUUGAAAUCCCAAAAGAUAAUAAUCGAUUUUCCCCCAAAAAAAAUAAAAUAAAUAAAUAACUCAAGAAUUUUAAUUUACCUGUUCGAAUUUGACGUUCAGUAGCAGCGAAGAAAAUUAUAUGCAAAAAAAAAAAAAUAAUAAUAAAUACAUAGGUACGUGAUGG